ACUCGGAGGGCGAACAGGCUGUGCCUGGAGAAAUGUUUGCCCCAGCGGUGCCAGACAAUCCCCUGGAGAAGUCACCGGCUCCUCCUUGCCAGCACCAACACAAUGGUGCUCCUCUUGAUGGUGCCAGCGAUGGGAUCCGUGCUUCUGGCCCUUUGCCACUUUCUGUGUCAAAGAUGGCUUUCCGCCGUGCCUACUCCAUCAAGGACAAACUGCAGGCCAUAGAACGUGUCAAAAAAGGUGAGCGGCAGGCCUCCGUGUGCCGAGAUUUUGGAGUGCCCGGAGGCACCUUGCGUGGCUGGCUGAAAGACGAGAUGAAGCUGCGCUGGUUCUUGGACCAGCUGGGCGGGGAAGUGGGCACCCACCGCAAGAAGAUGCGCCUGGCAAAUGAGGAGGAGAUUGACCGAGCUGUCUACACCUGGUUCCUCACCCUUCGCCAGCACGGCAUGCCCCUCUCGGGCCCCAUCAUCCAGGCCCAAGCAGAAGCCUUUGCCAGGCAGAUCUAUGGGCCGGAGUGCACCUUUAAGGCCAGCCACGGGUGGUUUUGGCGAUGGCAGAAGAGACAUGGCAUCUCCAGCCAACGCAUUUAUGGUGAGGUGGGUGGAAGCACAGGCAGCCCUGCCCUCAGAGCUGAAGUGGAGCCUGGUCUGCCCUCCUCGGCCUUCUCCGAUCCUCCUGCAUCGCUCUUGCCGUCACCAGACACGGGCCCCUCUGACGGCGGAGGUUACAACGAUGAACAGAUCUACAAUGCCACCAUUACGGGGCUUUAUUGGAACCUGCUGCCGGGCCAAGUCAGAACACUGAAGUCCCACCGCCGUUGCCCACAGCCCACUUCACAUUACCAGCCACAAGUGAAAGAUCGCGUCACGGUGCUGCUAGCUGCCAACAUCACCGGCUCGCACAAGCUGAAACCACUGGUGGUUGGGGACCGGCAGGACUCUUCUUGUCUCCGUCACCAUGACUGGGACAAGCUUCCAGCUUGCUAUCGCUACAGUGCAGAGGCCCGCCUCAGCCCUGCCCUCCUCCACCUUUGGUUCUUUGAAGACUUUGUGCCCAGCGUGAAACGUUUCCUGUGCUACAACUGCCUCCAACAGAGAGCCGUCCUACUGCUUGGCAGCCCUUUCCCAUCUUCUGAGAGUGGCCUGGAGGACCCACCCCAGCUGCAGACUCCAGACGGUGCCAUCCGAGCCCUCUUCCUUUCCAAGACGGGAGGGGGCGCACUGGGAAGGGGGAGCCGCAUCUCCGCCCCGCUGGAGCAAGGCGUAGUGUCAGCCUUCAAGCAGGUCUACAAACAGGAGUUGCUUCGGUUGGCUGCGUCGUGCGCAGUGGGGGAAGGGAAUCCAGAGGAGUUUGGCCAGCCUGGCACGGAUGCUGGUGGACUUCUGGACUUCCGUCGCUCCUUCCUUCUCAAGGACAUGCUCUCCCUCGCUGCCUUCUCGUGGGACCUCAUCCCGGCCAGCGCUAUUGAGAAAUGCUGGCUCCUUGGGUUACGGGCAGCCUUUGAGCCCCACCCUGAAGGGGAAGAAGAACAAGGCGAAGUUCCUGGUACCACAGACAACUCCAUCUUUGCUGACCUUACUUAUCUGGCUGCUCUUGUGUGCAAGCGCCUGACUCCAGAGGAGGUGGCAAACUGGCUGCACUCCGAUGACCUGGUCGCAGACCAAGGGGCGAGGGAGGAGGGCUCUUUAGGUUGUGAAGAGGAGGAGGAGGAGACGGUCCUGGCAGGGGAUCAGGGGGUUGCGGAAGGAGAUGAUCUUCCGGUGCCCACAUCCCAGGAAGCUGUACAGGGCCUGCAGAGGGCCUUGCGCUGGCUGGAGGGCCAAAGCCGGCAGCGGGUUGGGCCCCACAAGCUGGUACAGCUUCGCUCGUUCAUCAGUAUGGCCCAGCGGCUGUGCCGGCCACCUAUUCCCGGUUCCUAG